AUGUCUUACCAAGAAAACUGCUUGCAGGAAGACCCCCAAUGGCUAGAACUAAAGCUCCCACAUUUGUUAUAUACUGAUACAGUUCAGGGACUCCAUGCAACAAUCCAAAAUGAGUGGGAUUCUCUCCGACGGUCAGCAUGCCAAACAGCGGCUGGAAGAGCCCUGUGGAAACACGUAAUCCAUGACCCAUAUGCAGACUUGCUUGCAGGAGAGGCAUAUCUCAAAAACUUUCAUGAGAAGAUACAGAAUGACCACCUCAACAAUGCUCGAGAAAUUUCAGGGGUGAUUCUUGCAGUUCGGACACUCUGGUUUGAUUCGAAAAUUGAAGCUGCUCUCAGUUCCUUCAAUGGUAAAGGACAGGUUGUUCUCCUUGGCGCAGGGAUGGAUGCAAGAGCAUACCGUCUAAGCUGCUUGAAGGAAAGUGACGUCUUUGAAGUUGAUUUUCCUGAAGUUUUAGAAGUGAAAACUGCUCUUCUGAAGGCAGCAGCAGAAUCAAUAGAUGAGCACCUGCAUCCAAGUAUGACAGCAAAAUCCCUAAACAGAGUAGCAGCUGAUAUAAGAAAUAAUGACUGGCUUGAAAAGCUUCAGGUAUCAGGGUUUGUGCCAGAGAAGAACACAGUCUGGGUACUAGAAGGUAUCCUCUACUACCUCUCCCACUCCCACGCCAUGCAAGUACUAAACAUCGUAGCUGAUAAAUGUGCACUUGCCCACACGGUGCUCUUGGCAGAUUUUAUGAACAAACCAUCCACCACACUGUCAAAUUCCAUCUUCCACUUCUAUAGCGAUUGGCCCGAUCAUCUACUUCCAUCUCUAGGAUUUUCUCACGUAAAGCUUUCACAGCUUGGUGACCCUGAUGCUCAUUUUGGACUCAUGGAUGACCCUUUGAAUCUGUUCAACAAGCUCCGCAGCUUGCACAGGUCUGUGCAAACCCACCCGGAUGACGGGAAACCAUGCUGUCGCUUGUAUUUGGUAGAGGCUGCAGGUUUGCCAAAUCAAAGCAACCAAUAG